UCUGCCUCCUUCGGCACGAGUCUGCUCGUGAGACGGCCGGCGGCAGCAGCUAGGGACCCGGUGAACCGCAGUGAAUCAUGAGAAGCCUGUGCCUUAUCGCUCUGCUGGCGGCGGCGUCUGCCGCGCCCACCGAGGAGAGGGCACGGCUCAGGGAGCUGGCUGCCGACGCCAAAAUCCUCGAGGACGAUGUGAGGAAGUCUCCAGACGGCAGCUACAGCCUGGCGUUCCGGACCGACAACGGCAUAUCGCAGCAGGAGCAGGGUAUCUCGUACCCGGGCUUCCUGCAGGACUCGGGAUCCUACGUCAAGGAGGGCCGCAUCGAGUACACCCUGGACAAUGGCGUGCCCGUCGUGCUUGAGUACUUGGCCGACGAGAACGGCUUCGAGAUCCUGAACCCGGAGCAGCUGCAGCAGGUGCUGCCCACGCCGCCGCCCACCGAGUACCCGCUGCCGCAGGUGCCCGGCGCCGGAAUGCCCGUGCCGGAUCCCCUGCCAGAGUUCAACGUGGGCUUCUAGGGUGACGUGGAGGAGUGGGGAGCGAGAGGGGGCAGGGAGGGGAAAGAACUGGGACUGUGUAGAUGGCGUGCAGGUCACCGGACCGGAGCUGCUGAGGAUUUGUUACAGAUGGCGUCACUGUGCAGGUCUGCCGGUCCGCAGGUUCACGACUGUGUUGAAUAAAUGUACAACAGAGGCAUCUGUCAGAUCGCACUUGUAGGUACAUGAAAAAUUGGUCUUUUCUGCCAGGGAUGACCACUUGAUUCUCCUCUUUCGACUCCAUCACGCUAAAGUCACUCAUCAGCUAUCGCUGUCAUUUGUCGCGCAUUGUCACUCGGCAUUAUCACUUGUCUCAUUAUCACUUGUCACUACGAACUGGUCAUUUGUCUCACUGUUACCUAUCUGUCACUUGUACCAUGCUGCUGUCAAAUCUCUCACUGUCAGCUAGCUCCAUCACCUGCCAAUGUUGACAAUACCGGCUGCUGUGUUCGUUGAAGUUGUUGCAUGAGAUGCGUUGUGAUUUAUGUUUGGAUCGUGCCGCUGUUUCAUCGAUGGUCUGUGCUGGAAGUGCCGCUCUGCAACAGUUUGAAUGUGUUUUGUGCCUGUUUUGCCGUCCAUGAUAAUAUAUGCGUAUUCAUAUAUGAAUGUUGAGUCCCG